AUGACCGACACCACUCGAUUGAAAAGCACCGUCUACGUCGGAGGUCUUGACCAGUCCGUAACGGCGCACACUCUUGCAGAGGCGUUUGUUCCUUUCGGCGAGAUUGUUGAUAUUUCUCUGCCCAAGCCAGAUCAGCCGAACUCCACCGACCUUCACCGUGGAUAUGGAUAUGUUGAGUUUGAUCUACCACAAGACGCCAAGGAAGCAAUCGACAACAUGGACGGCAGCGAGAUCUACGGACGUACCAUCAAGGUCGCCCAAGCAAAGCCGCAGAAGGACGCCAACGAGGGACUAGGCAGCAAGAUCGCAAUCUGGGAACAGGAGGGCUAUUUGGCCAAGCAUGCAGUCAGCGAAGAGGACCGGGAAGCUGCCGAAGACGUGCAAGCAGCCAACGGUCGUCCGCAAGACCCGAUGCAGGGUUUGGAACAGCUAGAUGUUGCCGGGCCAAAGCCCGAGUGA